AUGCACUACUUCAUCCCUGUACUGCACUACUUUACCCCUCACACUGCACUACUUCACCCCUGCACCGCACCAUUCACCCCUGCACUGCACCAUUCACCUCUGCUCUGCACCAUUCACCCCUCACACUGCACUACUUCACCCCUGCACUGCACCAGUCACCCCUGCUCUGCACCAUUCACCCCUGCUCUGCACUAUUCACCCCUGCACUGCACCAGUCACCCCUGCUCUGCACCAUUCACCCCUGCUCUGCACCAUUCACCCCUGCUCUGCACCAGUCACCCCUGCUCUGCACCAGUCACCCCUGCUCUGCACCAUUCACCCCUGCUCUGCACCAUUCACCCCUGCUCUGCACCAGUCACCCCUGCUCUGCACCAGUCACCCCUGCUCUGCACCAGUCACCCCUGCUCUGCACCAUUCACCCCUGCUCUGCACUAUUCACCCCUGCACUGCACCAUUCACCCCUGCUCUGCACCAGUCACCCCUGCUCUGCACUAUUCACCCCUGCUCUGCACCAGUCACCCCUGCUCUGCACUAUUCACCCCUGCUCUGCACCAGUCACCCCUGCUCUGCACUAUUCACCUGGCAGCCAGUUCUUCGCCCCUUUGCUCCCUGACGGCUCUUUCCAGUCGAAGGGGCUCAGGAGAGUCCCCUCGUUUGCACGGUCUAUGUCCAGUCACUCCAGCAUCUUGUCAUUCCCUCAGCUCCAAAAGUGCUGGCUCGGAGGAGGGGAGGGUCAGUGAACAACUUCCUGAUGACCGGCCCAAAGGUAAGGAGGUCUUUGAUGAACUCGGUGUCACUAGUCUUAACUUGUUGGUUGAAGCUAACACAUGGUGGUUUCGUUACAUCUACAACUCCCAUUAUACUGUGGUGUACAGCACAGAUGGGGACCUGCCCAAAGCCACUCAGCAAACUGCUUACCUCGUCUACUCUAGCAGUGUGGCAGCUGGCGCCCAGAGCGGUAUUGAAGAAUGUAAAUACCAGUUUGCUUGGGACCGCUGGAAUUGCCCUGAGAGAGCUUUGCAGCUGUCCAGCCAUGGUGGACUUCGUAGUGCUAACCGGGAGACUGCGUUUGUGCACGCCAUCAGUUCUGCCGGAGUCAUGUACACCCUGACUAGAAACUGCAGCCUUGGAGAUUUUGACAACUGUGGCUGUGAUGACUCCCGAAAUGGACAACUGGGAGGCCAAGGCUGGCUCUGGGGAGGCUGCAGUGACAACGUGGGCUUCGGAGAGGCGAUUUCCAAGCAGUUUGUGGACGCCCUGGAGACAGGACAGGAUGCCCGGGCAGCCAUGAAUCUGCACAACAAUGAGGCUGGCCGCAAGGCGGUCAAGGGCACUAUGAAACGCACGUGUAAGUGCCACGGCGUGUCUGGCAGCUGCACCACGCAGACCUGCUGGCUGCAGCUGCCUGAGUUCCGGGAGGUAGGCGCACACCUGAAGGAGAAGUAUCACGCGGCGCUCAAGGUGGACCUGCUGCAGGGUGCGGGCAACAGCGCGGCGGGCCGCGGCGCCAUCGCCGACACCUUCCGCUCCAUCUCCACGCGCGAGCUGGUGCACCUAGAGGACUCCCCAGACUACUGCCUGGAGAAUAAGACCCUGGGGCUGCUGGGCACUGAGGGCCGAGAGUGCCUGCGGCGCGGGCGUGCCCUGGGCCGCUGGGAGCGCCGCAGCUGCCGCAGGCUGUGCGGGGACUGCGGGCUGGCGGUGGAGGAGCGCCGCACCGAGACAGUGUCCAGCUGCAACUGCAAGUUUCACUGGUGCUGCGCGGUCCGCUGCGAGCAGUGUCGCCGGCGGGUCACCAAGUACUUCUGCAGCCGCGCCGAGCGGCCGCCGAGAGGCGCUGCGCACAAACCUGGGAAGAAACCCUAAGGGUCUCCUCCUGCCUUCUUCCCUGUUCGCCCUCGGCUUCGUUUAGAGACCCCGGAAAUAGAGGGACCCAGAAUGGGGACCUCGCACUCCCUAGCCCAGCGAUCCUGACAGGGGGAGGUAGCAGUCUCUCCACCGAGUGCCACUUUCAGACUGUUUCCCGGAUUCCUCUGCAUGGUCUUCGUAGCUCACUCGUAGGUCUCAAAACUGUUGUAAAAUUCUACAAAA